CUCGAGUCAAUCACAGCCAAACCGAGCGUUACCAAAGCAGGAGCUUGUUUUAUUUCAUUCAAAAGUUCAUUCAUCAUUUAUGGAUCUGCGGUGACCCGAUGCGCGCACCAAACAUCCAGAGCUGAAACCAGUGAUGGCAUCUUACCAUAGCUUGGACGAUGACGCAAUGGCUUUGAUGGUCCACGACACGAACGCGGUGAAGAAAGAAGAGUUCGCGAAGGACGCGCCGCUCCAAGAGCCGAGUUCUGAGAAGGUGGAUGCGUCUCAGAAGCCGCCUUACUCCUACGUGGCUCUGAUCGCCAUGGCCAUCCGGGAAAGCGCGGAAAAGAGACUGACCCUCUCCGGUAUCUACCAGUACAUCAUCACCAAAUUCCCUUUCUACGAGAAAAACAAGAAGGGCUGGCAAAACAGCAUCCGACACAACUUGAGUCUCAACGAAUGCUUCAUUAAAGUUCCGCGUGAAGGCGGAGGGGAGCGCAAAGGCAACUACUGGACUCUGGAUCCGGCUUGCGAGGAUAUGUUCGAGAAGGGCAACUACCGGCGCCGGAGGCGCAUGAAGCGGCCUUUCAGACCGCCAGCGGCUCACUUCCAGCCGGGUAAGGCUCUCUUCGGCGGGGAGGCAUACGGUAGCUUCCUCCCCGCGCCCAAGUAUCUCCAAACCGGCUUCAUGAACAACAGCUGGCCGCUUGCGCAACCGGCGCCACCGAUGAGUUACGCGUCUUGCCAGAUAGCCAACGGCAAUAUGGGUGUCAUGAAAGGGCUGUCAGGUCCGUCUUACAACCCCUACAGUCGAAUGCAAGCCAUGGGGCUGCCGAACAUGAUGAACUCGUACAGCGGGAUGGGGCAUCACCAGCACCAGGCGCCGCCGGCGGCGCAGCAGCCCUCCCCGGUUCCGUCCAACUCCGCGGCCGCUCUGCAGUUCACCUGCUCCCGCCAGCCGCCAGAGCUCUACUCGUACUGGGACCACGAGGUCAAAAACUCCUCGUUGCACUCACGGAUUGACAUUUGAACCGAGGGAAUGCGCGAAGGGGACUUGGAUCUGCGUCUGUUUUACGCAUCCAGCAAGGUAAACAGGGUGACUUUUUAUUGCUGAAGAACAAACACAGAUCUAAACUAUCUCAGUCCCCAUAGAUGCUCUGGACUGCAUGGAUAAAGUUUUUUUAUUAUUCUAAAUGCGUAGUUUUUGAUGUGAUCGCUUCAGGAUAAACACGUUUUAUCUUCAGUUUCCUGAUCGAAAAUUCAUUUGAGGACAGAAUAGAACGAAAAGCAUGGGCGAGAU